AUGUUACAAUUCUUGCAUCUUACCGAAUCUCUUUGUGGUCCUGAGUUUAUUACGUCAAAUAUGCAUAUGCAUACACAUCUACACAAAUGCUUGGAGGAUUAUGAUCCAAUUUAUGGUUUUUGGUGUUUCAGGUAUGAGCGAAUGAAUGGAGAAUUGUCAGCACUACAUACCUCAAAUCGGACAAUACCUAUCGAUGUCAUGAAGCUAAUUAAUGAACAAAUAAAUAUAUAUGGCAAAAUAUUGAAGAUUACACCAAGCCUUUUACCAACAAUUACUGCUACGCUGGAACACUUACAAUCACGUGCCAAGAUAUCAGUUGGAAGUUUAGAAGUGAAAGAUUUCCUGGAGUGUCGGGCACCAUCUCAUAUUUCACAUUUUGAUGACAAAACAGUACGCUUACUAGCACUAUACAAAGUCUAUGGAUUUACCUUCCACGCAGCAUGUGAUCCUAAACCAGAUCAAAAUGCAAUUUACGUGAGUGAUAUGAUGGAACGUUUUGCCACAAUUCGAUUGGGAGAUGAGGUCUUUGGCUCACAGUAUUCACGCUCUGAUUUGAGUUCUUAUGUUAUCGUUUCUUGUAUAGAUAAAAUACAAAGAACUGGCGAGACUGUCAGAUCCAUAUAUCAUUGGCCUGCCAAAGUUUUGUAUUAUUUUAAGCACCGUGUGCUUUUACCAAAGGAAAUGAAUUCAGAUCAAAUGAGUUCUAUAGAACACUGCUUAGCAUUUGUGGAUUGGUUUGAUGUAUGCAAUAAUCUACGCGUAAAAUUGACGAUGGUGGAAGGGCACAUGCUGGAAUGUUUUGUGCAAAACUCUGGGCCAAUACAUUUCAAGCACGAACUGAAGAGUGUAUAA